AAUACGCUGUUCAGUUUUCAUACAUGUCCUCUGUAAAAGUUCAUACAAAUGAAAUAUAAACUGUAAUAAGUACCGUACCAGUGAAGUAAUUGUAACAAAACCCAUUUAGUCACAACCAUUGAUAUCUAUGCAGACAGUUAGACACCUACUUUUCUAAAACUGAACUACGAUUAGGUUGAAUAGACUUUCUAGCCUAACUUGUAGCUUUUAAAGCAUGCUCGAGUUCUUAUUGUAAUCGAUUCGUUAAAGAUCGCUAUUCACGACUCUUUGUUGAGCUUGGCACACUUCAUUUUCGGUGUCAGUCUUUGAACAAUUGGCAAAUCAGAGCUAUUGUCGCUUUUCAGGUUAUUUUUAUAAUUGAGAUAAUUUUUAGCGAUGGCGAAAGAGGGCGGUGUCAUAAAAUAUGAUCCAAAUACAGAAGCAUUUCAAAUGCGAGCUCAAUGGAAAAAGGUGGAUAUAUGUCGUAAGCAGUGGUUUGAUCAGUGGAGUUGGUUGCUAGAUGAACGCAAACAAACAUUACAGGAGUCGGAAGCCAUUCGGCAGGCGGUUUCUGAUGCUUUACCACAUGCGGUAACCAAAUCAGAAACUACAAAGUCAUUAAAACCGGUACCAAUCACAUCAACUGGUGUUAUCGGCUGGCUGGCUGCCAAACCGGAUUGUCAAUUAGAAAUUUAUACAUCCUGGCUUACUAAGAUCCCAGUACGCCUACCCGACACAUGGGACGAUAAGAAUUACUUGGGGUAAUCUUUCGUAAAAUGUAACAAAUAAAUUUAAAUAAUUUGUA